GACGGCAGAGCCAAUCUCUCUGUUCGAAUCCUCUGUUACUUGUUCUUCAGCGCCAUUGUUGGGGCUUCACUCACCCAAUACUGCUUUCUUCUCGGCAUCCAACAUACCUCUGCCACUUUCGCCUGUGCAUUUGUCAACAUAGUCCCUGUCGUCACUUUUCUCCUUGCUCUCCCAUUUGGGUUGGAGUCGGUGAAGUUGAAAUGUUGCAGUGGGAAAGCGAAGGUGAUUGGGACGAUGGUGUGCAUCUCCGGCGCGGUGCUAUUGACGACGUACAAGGGGCCGGCAUUGGUGAACGCUUCGUACGUCGCACACGCCGUCGGUGGGAAGGUGAAGACGAAGACGGCGGAGAGUUGGACGGUGGGGUGCAUAGCUCUGGUGGCUGGAACUCUACUCUGGUCGUCGUGGUUUCUGUUGCAAUCGAACAUCGGGAAGAGAUAUCCGUAUCAAUACUCGAGCACUGCCAUUAUGUCCGGCUUCGGCGCCGUCCAAUCCGCCGUCUUGAGCCUCUCCACCGGCGCAAAGCUCUCCGCUUGGGCUCUCACCGGAAAGAUUCAUGUGAUAAUUGGACUCUACAUU